AUAUUGUUGAGUAGGUAACGAAAAGGUGAACAACAAACGUCGACAACCAAUCACAACAUUGUUUCAUUCAGAAAUAAAUGGUUCCGAUUAUAGAUUUACUUUAUUUUUUAACAUUCAUCAGUAGUUAUCAGUGAUAAUAAAAUUAUUAUCACGUAUCGGAGGUUUGUUGUUCACCUUUUCAUGCCUUUUCGAUUUCACCGCUAGAGUUCAGCCACUCCGCGUUCUAGUGAUUCUCAGUCUGAAUGCUGUUUCGUUAUUUUCAAUUUUGAAGAAGAAAAAUAUGGUCACAUUAUUCGAAGAAACCAAACUUGAUGUUCCCCACAAUCAUGUUUUCAUUACUAUGAAUGAAUUCAGAGAACAGAAUCUCUAUUGCGAUGUAACCCUCGAUAUCGAUGACACUUUGUUUCCUUGCCAUCGUCUUAUUUUAACGGCCUGGUCGCCUUAUUUUCGAGCAAUGUUCAAUGGCAAUUUCAAGGAAAGCAAUUUGAACACCGUUUCCAUUCGAGAAAUUGACGCCGAAACAAUGAGAAUCAUUUUGCACGCCAUUUACACCUUCCGCAUUCGUUUGCUUCCAGAAAAUGUGUAUUUUGUAAUGAAAGCUAGUCAUUUAUUCCAAAUGGACGUGAUCUUCAACGCAUGUGUGGACUGUAUUAUGAAUAAUGCGACUCAUAUACAUUACUUAAUCGAAACCUGUUUCUUUGCUAAAACCAUCGAACUUAAAAACUUGUAUGAUACUUGUAUUAAGGGGAUAGCAGCCGGUUUCUUUCACUGGGGAAAGACUGACCGUUUUCUGGAUCUCCCAUUCGAAGCUGUAAAGCAAGUAUUGUCAAAUGUCGCUUCUACUUCUUGUUUUACCGAUAAUGACUUUCUCGCAACGAUUAUCAAAUGGUGUAACAAUAAUCACGCCAAUGCAGUGGAUAUCAAAGUACUCGUUCAAACUCCUAAAUUUACUAGCAGAGCCUUUGCGACGUCUGUGAUCGCGGAAUUGGUUCUCAAUUGCGGAAGUUCAUUUUCGAGUAGUGAUGAAGAUAACAAUGAGAGUUCCGACGAAAAUUUCCAAUCAAACUGCGAUAUGAAUUUAAAUGUCUAUUUGCACGGUGUCGAUGUUAAAAGUGGAGCCAAAGGAUGGGGAACGUUGAAACUAAAUGACUCAUUUGAAACGUAUACGCUAUUGAACUUUCAACCUGAAGAUUCUUCAUUCAGAAGAAUAUGUCUUAUCGGAACGAAGAUCUAUUGUUUAGAAUGGGAUCGUCUGAAAAGAAAAUGUUGUUUUUCUUGUUACUCCGAAGACAACGCUAGAGUAAUAUUGCAAACACCAGCAAAUUUUACUUGCCACAGCGGGAGCUGUAAUUUCGAAAUGAUAGCGGUGGAGUGCAAUAUUCAUCUAUUUUAUCCACUCUCUGAUGCUGACAUUUGGGUUUACAAUUGUGAAGUGAACUCGUGGCAGUAUCAAACGUUCAGAGUUAACAGAAAUCGUUGUGACGAAGCAGCUCUGCAGUCUCAUUCAAAAUGGUUUGCUCUCACGUCUUUGGAUCAUGUUUUAUAUGUUAUUGGAUCUGAAAACCGUAACCAUGUUCGUGAUGAAAGAGAAAGAUAUAUGCACGAAUCGAUACUCGAACUAAAUCUACAGUCAGACAUUACACGACAUUCCCUAAACCAUUUCAACAUGAAAAUGCAGCCGUUUGCGCAUUUGAUGGAAAAAUAGCUAUUUCCGGCUCCGACCACGGCGGCAUUUUGCGCAAUACUUUUAGUAUUUUUGACGUGACAGCUGGUAAAUGGAGAACUGAUGUAAAACCCAUGAAUGAUGGCAGAGCAAGACACAAAUUGAUUCAUCAUGAUGGAUUCAUCUAUACAUUGGAUAGUAGUCCAUUUACGAAGAACGAAAAAUACGACGUUGGUUUGAAUACGUGGAUCGAAAUGCCAAGUUUGCCAAAUCGUGUACAAUUCAUUAAUGCUGAUUCAGUAAAAGCAACGAUUGGUUGUAAACAAAUAUUCCAUGUUGAUGUUAAUUCCCCUUCAUCUUAGUGUGGUUCGUUUGCUUUUUCUGAAUAGAAAAGUUCAAACUGGAAGUACCUAUGUUACUUUUUUUUUGGUAA